UUUGCAGUCGAACGAGAGUCGCAGUGCCAGCUAGUCGGCGAUGAAGCAGCUUCUUGUGGCCGUAUUGGCCGCCUUAUUGGUAGCCGCCGUGCAGGGCGGACUUCUGGGCAGGAUUUUCCACAGGGGCUCCAACGAAACGACAACCACGACCACGACGACCACAGAGGCGCCCCGCCGACCCUUCUUCAUCAACAAUAAUGUGCCCGCAAUCCCGACGGGCUGCGAGGCGCAGUUCAAGUGCAAAAAGAAGCUAGCCGAUGUUCCGGCUCCACGACCCUGUGUGAAGUACUGCCUGCAGCGGAUCAGCUGUCCCAACGGCCAGAAUACCUUUGGCACGGCCACCCAGUGCGUCGAUCUCGACGAGCAACAGGUGAAGGCCGCCCAUGAGGCAUCCACGGCGUCUCCGGGCGCCGCCACCACCGAGAAGCCCAUGAUGGUGGCCAUGAUCGACUUCCCCUGCCAGCCGGGCUAUCUGCCCGACCAUCGCGGUCGCUGUCGGGAAAUCUGGUGAUUCGAUGGCUUUCGUGACUUAAUUAUACCUGUGGAAUUUUCUGUUUUUAUAAGCAUGCCCUGAAUAAUGCUCUGAAUAAUCACAAUAAAACCCCAAAGAGCUGUUGUUGCCCAAAGA